UGCAUUUUCUGCCAAAAGCUGUGUCAGAUUUAAGACACAUGCUCCUGCAAGCUUCCUUGAAGGCUGUGAAAAAAGUUUAAAUCCAUAGUUGGGUUCCAGCCUUCCAUAGAUGCAAGCAUUGGUGGUUGAACCACCUCCUUACAAAACAGCUAGAAUAGAACCUAAGGCAUAGAGUGGGGAAAUUGUUUUUCAAUUUUCUGGACAUGAAAUGAUUAUGGAGUGCUUUUUAGCUUCAAGUGGAAGACAUAUCCACCUCCUGAUGACUAUUUUUGGAGCAUGAGACUAUUUUAAUUUCUCUCUCCCUCUCUCACUCUCUGUCUUCCCCCCCCCACAAGAUUGUAGGGAAAAAAGUAUCUUGCCUGAUUGAAAUCAUUUGUUUUUCCAUGUAAAGUUUUGGGGGUUCAAAUUUUGUUUCUGGAGAAUGCCUUUUGAAACAAUUUUCGGUAGCUGCCUGGUAUCAACUGCUUAGUAAUCAAGUGGACAUUUAAAAUAUUCAAAAUGUACAGAGAGUGGGCAGUGGUGAAUAUUUUCAUGAUGUCCUAUGUGCACCUGGUGCAGGGCUUCAGUCAUGAACGUGGACCAGUGAAGCGGUCAUUCCAGUCAAUGUUAGAACGAUCUGAACAACAGAUUAGGGCUGCUUCUAGCCUGGAGGAACUACUUCGAAUCACACAUUCUGAGGACUGGAAGCUGUGGAGAUGCCGGCUGAAGCUCAAGAGUCUCACCAGCAUGGACUCUCGUUCAACAUCCCACAGGUCCACUAGGUUUGCCGCAACUUUCUAUGACAUCGAAACACUAAAAGUUAUAGAUGAGGAGUGGCAAAGAACCCAAUGCAGCCCUAGAGAGACAUGCGUGGAAGUCGCCAGUGAGCUGGGGAUGACGACCAACACGUUUUUCAAGCCACCUUGUGUGAAUGUAUUCCGAUGUGGAGGCUGCUGCAAUGACGAGAGUGUGAUUUGUAUGAACACAAGUACCUCAUACAUCUCCAAACAGCUUUUUGAGAUAUCAGUGCCUUUGACAUCAGUACCCGAAUUAGUGCCUGUUAAAGUUGCCAACCAUACAGGUUGUAAGUGCUUGCCAACAGCUCCCCGACAUCCAUACUCAAUAAUCAGAAGAUCCAUCCAAAACCCAGAAGAAGAUCGCUGUUCCCAUCCCAAGAAACUCUGUCCUAUCGACAUGCUAUGGGAUAACACCAAAUGUAAAUGUGUUUUACAGGAGGAACAUCCACUCGUUGGAACAGAAGACUACCCGCAUCUCCAAGAACCAGCUCUCUGUGGACCGCAGAUGAAGUUUGAUGAAGAUCGUUGUGAGUGUGUGUGUAAAACACCCUGUCCCAGAGAGUUCAUUCAGCACCCAGAAAACUGCAGCUGCUUUGAAUGCAAAGAAAGUUUGGAGAGCUGCUGCCAGAAGCACAAGGUUUUCCACCCUGACACCUGCAGCUGUGAGGACAGAUGUCCUUUUCACACCAGAACAUGUGCAAGUAGAAAACCAGCCUGUGCAAAGCAUUGCCGCUUUCCAAAGGAUAAAAGGGCUGCCCAGGGGCUCCACAGCCAAGAGACUCCUUGAUUGAACUUGCUUCCAAGUUCUCCAUCCUUGUCAUUUUGAACAGCGUGCUGCUUUGCCAAGUUGCCGUCACUGCUCCCCCACCCCCAACCAGGUAUUAGAAAAAUAGAUUUUACCUUGUGCCACAAUGAACCCAGACUUACAUUCAACAGUAACUGAGUAUCCCCAGUUCACUGGCAAAUGACUUCCAGCUGCAGGUGCCCCUGCAUACAAAGGCAUGGGGAAGCAGGGAUCUAUGGAGCCCACUUUUUUUGAGGAAUGAGAUGAUUUUGUCUGUCAUGUAAUGACAGAUGCCAUGUGAUUGAUUACUGAGAAUGCACGAGGAAAACUGCAUAGUCUCCAAGUAUCUGGCUAAGUGCAACUCUUAUGAAUUACUCUGGUUCUUUCUCACACAGAAUCUCAUUUGUAUGAUCAGCAUAGCCUUUGUAAUUCCUGUUCAGCUUAUAUUUUUCAAGUCUAUUGAACCACUGCCUGAUGUUUCAUAUUUAAAUGUAUUUAAGGGAAAUAAACAUCAUUAUU